GUUUAAAAGGUGGGUUCAAUCUUCAUUGGUGAAUGAGAGAGUUGUUUUCUGGGUGAGUUGAGAAAUAAUGAGUAGUUGUAGUGAGAGGUUGAUGUGGAAGAGAAGAGGAGGAAUGGAGAUGGAGAUGGAGGUGAAGACUACCCAUUACUUGGGUUCUUCGGAUGAUACAAUUGCCAACAAGAAAACAACGGUGGUUGUGAAGACGAAGAGGACGACGACGACGGCAACGAAGAAGAAAAACCAAACAAAAAAGAAAGUGUACAGUUUAGUCGCAUUCAAGGAUUUGCCUGAUUACCUCAAAGAUAAUGAGUUUAUAUUGGAUUACUAUAGAGCGAGUUGGCCUCCCAAAGAAGCCCUUUUUAGCCUAUUCCGUUGGCACAAUGAGACCCUCAACGUUUGGACGCAUCUGUUAGGAUUCCUACUCUUCUUGGGGUUGACGAUCCUUAAUUGGAGGGAAGUGCCACAAGUAGCUGAUUUCCUUACCAUACUCACCAGGCCUUUUCCAAUAACCACAGCAACAAUGAAGAAUGGUUCCAGUGACUCCAAGAAUUUCAUGCUGCAAGGAGCAACAACACUCCAUGACAUGGACAACUUAACAGUGGCACAAUGGCCAUUCUUUGUCUUCUUAGGUGGUUCCAUGUUCUGUCUCCUCAGUAGCAGUAUUUGUCAUCUCUUCAGUUGCCAUUCUCAACACUUAAGCCUCCUAUUACUACGAAUCGAUUAUGUCGGUAUCGCGGUCAUGAUCAUUGCUUCUUUCUUCCCUCCAAUUUACUACAUCUUCCAAUGUGAUUCACAAUGGCAAUUCAUCUAUCUUACUGGUAUCACAGUCAUGGGUAUCUUCACUGUAAUUACAUUACUAUCACCGGCAUUAUCUUCCAGUGCUUUCCGGCCUUUUCGAGCAUUACUCUUCUCUUCCAUGGUUUUAUUUGGGAUUUUCCCUGCAGCUCAUGCUAUGGUUGUGAAUUGGAAUGAACCAAGUCGAUUCAUUGCAUUAUGUUAUGAAUUAGCCAUGAUAUUAUCUUAUGGGAUAGGUACUCUGUUUUAUGUUACAAGGAUUCCAGAGAGGUGGAAACCAGGAAUGUUUGAUAUGGCAGGACAUAGUCAUCAGAUAUUUCAUGUUUUUGUGAUCAUGGGUGCUUUAGCUCAUUAUGUUGCAGCUCUUCUAUUUAUCCAAUGGCGUAAUAUUGUGGGGUGUGAUGUAAAUUAAUAUUUGAGUUCUUUACUCUGUUUUUUUAUUUUUAUGAUUUUAUUUAUUUUUAAAGAUCUUUUUAUUAUU